AUGUCUCAGGAUUAGUUUCAAUUUAAUGAGCAAAGACCAAGAAAAAGAAAGCUUCGCUCAAUCGCUGAUGAGAAAUCUUUGAGCAACUACUUAGGAAGCUUUAAAUCUGAAUUAAUUUUAGGAAAUGUAGAAAUGAUCGUGAACAAAGAGCAGCUUUUUGCUGUAAAAGAAAGCAAAUGGAAUUUUAUUAAUGAUAUAAAAUUAGCUAGUAAUUACAUAAAUUUAGAAAAUAGUGGUAAACUUAAAAAAGAAGAUGUAAAAGUUAAUUUAAUGGAGGAGCUUAUGAAAAAUCCCUGCAAUUAAGAUGUAUUAGUAAGCUAUGGUAACCCUUAAGAAAAAAAAUAUUGCCUCCUGAGGCAUAAAUUCAGUGAAAUGUGGAGAUUUCCUAUUUAUUGUAGUUUCUUAGAACUAAGGAUAGAGGUAUGUGAUGAUGAAGAUUUGGUGGAAAAUCGAUUAUUUUAAAGUAUUAACUCUUAAAUGCAAUAGACUAGAAAUAGCAUGGAAAAUGAGAAUUUAAAAGAUUUGGUUAAAAAUUUCUAAAAAAACCCUAAAUAAAAUGUUGAUGAAAUUAUUGCAGUAAAUAAAUUUAGAAAUUUAAUGAAAUAAAACAUAGCAAAUGCAAGCAAGGUAAUGUGUAAUGUACACAUAUAUCUUAAAUAGCACUUCUAUACGUUUCCUUUACAUAUUCAUAAAGGAGUGUUAGAAAAAGGAUGCACUAAUUUUUCUGAAUGCUCAAUAAAUGAAUAAAUAGAACUUUUAUCUAAAGAUUCUUUAUAUCUUUUGUUUAGUAUGCUAAAUUUAAAUAAAUUAAAUUAAUUAGACAUUCCUUUAAGCAAAAAAAUUCCAAUUAUGAGCCAAUAUUAUAAGAUGAAGUCUAAAAAAAAUAUAUUAGAUAGUUAAAGGAUGAACAUAUCUUUAACUAAUUCUACAUAAAAAAAAUAAACUGCAGAAAAUGAAAAACAGAGUGAAAUUUAUAUGUUGCUUGAUGACAAGUUUCUUGAAUCAAUAGAGUGCUCUGGCUUAAACGUAGAUGAUGACUUUUUACAAAGUAAAGAUACUGUUAGAUAAAGUGAGAGUAGAGAUAAUAGCAGAGAAGAUACAGAUGAUAGCGAAAAUUUGGACUUAUAAGAAUAUGAUGAUGAAAGUGAAGAUGAGCACAUUUAUGAAAAUGAAGAAGAGGACGCUGAUACUAAAGAAGAAGAUAGAAAUAAUAUCGAAGAAGGCAAAAACUUUAAAAAAACACCAACUCCUUCUCAAAUGCUGAAAUAGUUUGAGUUAAAAGAAUAUCAAUAAUAAGGACUUACAUGGAUGCUGCAUAGAGAAUAAAAGUUAUCAAAAAAGAAAUUAUAUGAACAAAAAUGGUAAAUUUUAAGCACAAACAAUCAAUUCAAAGACAUAACUAUGGCCUACGAGCAAUAUUUAGUGGAAAACCCAUAUAAUGAGGAGAAUGUAUAGUUUUAUUACAAUCCUUUGAAUGGUCAUUCUUGUCUUGACAUAGAAUUUGAAGAAGAUGAAGAACCUGUUUAAGGAGGUAUUUUAGCUGAUUAGAUGGGUUUAGGAAAGACUAUUUAAGCUAUUGCAUUACUGCUUUAAUCCAAGUUUAAAGAUUAUUUAAAUGAAUCUGAUACAAAAAAUUAAAAUGUGAAAUAAAAAAAGCCUAAAAAUGUAAGAAAAUUUUAUUUGAAAAACGAAGACUCAGACGAUAGCUACAGAGGCACUGAGGAUGAACUAGAUGAUGAGGAUAAAUACAGCGAUGAUGAAGACUCAGAUUAAGAAAUUACUUUAAUUAUUGCUCCAAAAAGUUUAGUCAAUUAAUGGAGAUUAGAAAUUUAAGCAACACUUAAAGAUAUUGAGAGCCUAUAGAUCUACUAAUAUGAGAAAGGACAAAAGUAUUCAAAAAAGAAAAAACUGUUCAAAGGAAUCGAUAUUGUUAUCACAACCUAUGGUACUCUUUCAGCAGAAUAUAUGAGCAUUAAAAAAGGAAAAAUAUAAAAAGGAAAUCUACUAAAUUAAAAAUGGGAGAGAGUUAUAUUAGAUGAGGCUCACUUGAUUCGUAAUAGGAACACUUAAAUUUCAUAAGCUUGCUGCGAGUUGAAUAGCAAAUUUAGAUGGUGUCUCACUGGUACUCCUUUGUAAAAUAAAAUAGAAGAUUUGUUCGGAUACUUUAGAUUUCUUAAAGUUCCAUAGAUUGGAGAAUGGAGAUGGUGGAGCGACUAUAUCUCAAAAAGCAGAAAUAAAGAAAAAACAUAUUAAUUCAUAAAAGCUGUAUUAAAAGGAAUGAUGCUUAGAAGAACAAAGACUACGAAAGACUAAGAAGGCAAACCUAUAAUCGUCUUACCAUAAAAAAUUAUUAAUGUUGAUAACAUAAGUUUUAAUAAAUUUGAAGGAGAGCUUUAUACAAUAUAUUUCUCUAAUUAAUAAAAAUUAUUUGCUGGACUGCUAGACUAGUAUGAGCAAGAAAGAAGUUAAAGAGGUAGAUUACACGAAUAAAUGUUUGUUAUGGUAAACAAUUUAAGAAUGAUGUGUAAUAAUUUCUAGAUGGUCAAGCUUUUUCAAGACAGUAAUUUAGAGAAGCUCAGAAAAAUCAUUAUUGAGCUUAAGAAAGAAAAUAAGAAAGAAGCCGCCAAUCCAAAUAAAUAGAAAUGGGAUGAGAAGUUUUUGAGAAUGGAUUAUCCAGGUUUAACAGAUGAGCAGAUUUAAGAAAAGCUGGCCUAAAUGAACUAAAGCUAGUCUUAGAAUUUUAAUGAAGGUGAUGAUGAAGAAGAAUAAUAAUAAAUAGAUUAUAAAAAACUAGCAAAAACUGAUAGAGUUGUAGAUAUAAUAGAAUAAGUUUAAAAGAAAGGUGAAAAAAUACUUUUGUUUACUCAAUGGCACGACUCAAUAUAAAGACUAAAGAAAAGAUUUGAGGAUUUAGAUAUAGGUUAUUGUGAGCUUCAUGGUAAAAUGACAAUAAAAUAGCGUGCUAAAUAAGUUCAUGAUUUUUAUAGAUUACCAAGUAAAACUGUAAUGGUUCUUUCAUUGAUGGCUGGUUGUGUUGGACUUAACUUAACAUGUGCAAACAAUGUUAUAAUUAUGGAUCCAUGGUGGAAUGGUGCAAUAGAAGAUUAAGCUGUAGACAGAGUUUACAGAAUUGGUUAAAAAAAAGAUGUAAACGUGUAUAGGUGUUUGAUAAAACAUGAUGAUUCUAUUGAUUUAAGGAUAAGUGAACUUUGUAAAAAAAAGGAAGCUUUGUGCAAUAAGAUUUUAAGUCUUUCUCAGGAUGAAAGAAGUAUUUCGCAAAAUCUAACUAUUGAAGACUUUAAAUUUCUUUUUGGACUUAGUAAUCCAAAUGUGCCAAGCUAAAUUGAUCCUAAUUUUAAUUAGGAUUUAAACAAUAGCAACGGUAUAUUUGCAAGCAAAACAUAAAAUCUAAAUUAAAUGGUAUAAAGCAAGAAUGAUAUUUAACAAAACUUUUAAAGAAGUAGUAAUAGAUUUAUUAGCAACUUAACUCAAAGUGUAACAAUUAGUGGAGAAAAAAAUUUAAAUACCAGUGGCAAUAAAUUAAUGAAUAGCAUUCGAUAAUCUUCAAGUAAUAGCAAUACGAAAGAAUUUAUUAUAAAAGAUUCAUAAUAAAAUACUUCCUCUAUUUAUCCCCUUUUUUAGCCAGCCCAAUAAUUAUAAAGAUCAGAAACUUUAUUUGCCUAACCUAAUGUAUUUGGAAAAUAGUAAUCUGGAGAUUUUAAAAAUAACAUAAACAAUUAUACAGAUUAAGCUUUUAAAAUAAAUAAUGUAGAUGCUUCUAUAACUAAACCAUUGUUUAGUAGGGAAGCUGUAGCAUAUGGUAAUUAAAAUGAAAAGCCUUAAAAUGUAUUCUAAAACUAAUAUUAUGGUGAUGAUGAGGAUUAUUUCUAUGAGAGUUCAAGAAAGUAAAGAAGUAGGCUGAGUAGAAACAGAAUUUCUUAGAAUACAAAUUUCAAUUAAAAUCCAUAAAAAUAAUUUAGAGCUGAAGAUAAAUUAUGA